AUGCCGCGUCUCCUCCUCUCACAGUUUGUGGUCUCUCUUCUCUCCUCCAGGAUUUCUCGAGCUGCCUCCGUGCUGCUCUCUGACCCCUGCUUCCAGCUCCACUCCAUCCAGCACCUGUUGGGAGAGGGCGGAGACUCCUCCAGCUCUUCAGCCGUGGUCACCUCCACCGCCCGCCCGGUCAUCGGGUCGUUCGGGGCGACCGUGGCGUCUCCCAUCCCGUCAGCAGCUGGCGCCACGGCCUCCGCGGAACGCAAACACUUCUCCCUGCACGCGUAUACGGAUUACAUCAGCGAGGAGGAGAAACAGAAGGUGGAGCUGAUGUUGGCGUUUCUCACUGAAGAGUCCAAACAGGCUGCAGCCAGCACAGCUGUAAGUACCUCUGAGUGUCCCUGAAAACAUCUGCACAGCUUCCUGCUGUCAGCUGUCACAGAGCAGCCUCAGUGUUUCAGGUUUAUCCUCACAGAUCUCCUUUAAAGUCAGUCAGCCGUCUGUAGAUAAACCCGUCAUUAUCUUUAAGCACUACACAAAGAGUGUUUGUUAAAGCUCAGGCAGACAGAAGUGAAUAUUUUAGAAGCUAAAAGUAGGAACAGUUUGAAGUCAGCAUGCGGACACGAAAACAACAGAUAUCAAAAACAUCACAAAGAGGAAACAGGCUGUCCACAUGUUCAAUACCUGGACGUGUUCUGGUUCCACAUUUUUGGGAGGAGAGGAGUGAAGCCAUCAGGAGCGGCACCAAUACGCUGCCAACAUCUCAAACAUUGCAGAAGUUUUUGUGCACUUUAGACGCUUUGCAGGAGGUCAGUUUUUGUUGCCGUGGAAUCGAAAAGAGAUCUCGAUUUAGUUUGAGAUUUACUAGUAUCGUAUCAAAGCUUCUGGUGUCAUGAGUCAUACAAACACAGAACCAGGAACCAUGUGGACAAACAGACAAACAGAAGAGGUCUGACGUAGUUCAGUUUAAAUCUGAGGCUUGUUGCCGAUGAAGUCGUCGGUUCAGACAUCCGGAUCCUGCUGCCCUUGAGGCUGAACCUGGAGAAAUACAUUUCCUCUUCUCUUCAUCUCUGCAGAGGAAACCCGAUCUCUUACUCUCCACCACAGAGCUAAAGGAUUUAUUAUUGA